UGCCCGCCCGCCCGCCCGGGGCCGGCUCCGCAGCGGCGGCUGUAGCUGCAGCCGCCGCCGCCGCCCGUUGCAGCGCCGGCGCUGAUGCCUCCUGCGGUGGCCCGGCAGGGAAGAUGGCGCCGUCCCACGUCCUCAAGUGUUGCCAGAAGGUGUUGGCCUGGGUGCCCGUGGCCUUCAUCGCCCUGGUCGUGGCCUGGUCCUACUACGCCUACGUGGUGGAGCUGUGUGUGUUUACCAUUUCUUCAACUGCAGAAAAAGUUGUCUACCUUGUGGUUUUUCAUCUGUCAUUUGUCAUGUUUGUAUGGUCCUAUUGGAAGACAAUUUUCACAUCUCCUGCAUCCCCCUCUAAUGAGUUCUGUUUAUCAAAAGCUGAUAAAGAACAAUAUGAAAAAGAAGAGAGACCAGAAUCCCAGCAAGAGAUUUUGAGAAGAGCUGCUAAAGACUUGCCUGUUUAUACAACAACAGCAUCGAGAGCAAUCAGAUACUGUGAUCGAUGCCAGCUAAUCAAACCUGACCGCUGCCACCACUGUUCUGCAUGUGACAUAUGUGUACUAAAAAUGGACCACCACUGUCCAUGGGUGAAUAAUUGUGUGGGAUUUUCUAACUACAAAUUCUUCCUCCUGUUUUUAAUGUAUUCCUUACUGUACUGUCUGUUUGUUGCUGCUACAGUCUUGCAGUACUUCAUAAAGUUUUGGACACUUUGCCGCAGGAAAGCUGCAGAGAAUUGUCCAAAGAAUGAACUGCCAGAUACUCAUGCAAAAUUCCACGUACUGUUCCUUUUCUUUGUGGCAGCCAUGUUCUUCAUCAGUAUACUGUCACUCUUCAGCUACCACUGCUGGCUAGUUGGCAAAAACAGAUCAACCAUAGAAACAUUCCGCGCACCCACAUUUCGAAAUGGCCCUGAUAAAAAUGGCUUUUCUCUUGGAUGCAGCAAAAAUCUGAGGGAGGUUUUUGGAGAUGAAAAGAAGUAUUGGCUACUCCCUAUCUUUACAAGUUUGGGCGACGGGUGUAAUUUUCCAACUCGUUUGGUGAUUAUGGAUCCAGAGCAACUUACCAUCUCAAGCCAAAAUGAACCUGCCAAAAGCUCUGGAGCCAAUCAGUCCUUUCCUACUCGACCACUCAGUGAAUCACAAAAUCGAUUGCUAGCCAGUGACAGUCAGUGGGUGGAAAGUGGCCCUGAAGAGGAAAAUGUUAAAUCAGGUGCAAAAAAGCAUAUUAUAGUUUCAUUGGAAAGCUGAUCUCAGUUUAUUACUAACCAACCAUCUCAGUGAGAAACAGGUUUCUACAACACAUUUUGUGCUUGAAUAUUACUCAGUUUUGUUUGGAAGAAGUUGAUCAGUAAAAAAAUGGAACAUGAACAUUUUAGGAAGAAACAAGAAAUUCAAGUUUCUGCACAGUACAAUGGAUUCUUGUAAGCACUAUUGCAGACCAGGGAAGUUAAGACAGAUGCCUUAAGAUUCUUAACGUGCAUUUAUGCAACACUGAAUAAUAUACUGCUACCAAAGGGCCAAAUCCUGAAGUGCCCUGCUUGGAUGCACAAGGUCCAGGGUGGGAACUAUGCAUUUCUGUUAUGCUGCAGUGGUGGAGGUAGAUGCAGAGAUACCUACCUCCUCACGGGUAAGCUUCAUACCUUAGGCACUGCAGAAGUCACUUCCAUAGCAGGACUCCAGGGUACAGAAAGAAAGAAAAAAGGAAACGAAACAAAAAAAAAAAAAUGAACAUAGAGCAUGGCCGGUGAGUCUGAAGUGCAACUAUACACAGUUCAAACACCGGGUGAUGGGGAAGGGACUUGAUGAUGUCUUCUCCCCUCUUCCUGUUAACCAGUCUACCCCAUGAUCAUAGCUCUCCCAAGUCUUUUGGGCCCGAGGAUUCCUUCUACUAGCUGUGCUUUGGAGCAGGACAAUGCCAACAACAUAAAAGCCUUUUACUUGGGUGUUGCUUUUUCGCUAUAGGAUUGAGCCCCCUCAUCAUUUUAACUUGAUUUAUUUAACCAUAUCAAGAACAGAGCUCAAAGAAACAAACUUCGUUUUUAGUUGAAAAAACAUGGAUUAUUACUUUACAACAGUUGUCUAUCAGCAUACAAAGAAAAGCCAAUCCAAAAAGGAAUUAACAAUUGUUACAUCUUCUGUUAAUGUCUGCAAUGUUCUGUAUGAGGCAAUAACAAAACGGUAAAGUACCCCUGAGAAAAACCUUAUUGCAGCUGAGUGUUGGUAGAAAAUGGAACUGGAAGAAUACUGCUUUUUCUGUGGGACCCUUGAUGGUUUCUAAAUACUGUUUUAUACUUUUGUUUUAUCUUUUUAAUAAAGGCACAAGUUUUUAUUGGUUCUAAAGUAGCAUUUAAACAAAUCUCAAGUACUUACGAGAAAAUUAGUGUUGGAUCAUACAUCUGUGUUAACACACUGAAAAUUUGUAUGCUUUAGUCUGCCACUUUCAAGUCCAGUUUAAGUGAUGCUGAAAUUUCCAAAAAUUGAGUGCUUUUUGCAGUGAUGUACCUGUUCCCAACAGACAAAAUAUGUUUCCUGUGUGAAGAAUAGCCCAUCCUAAGAUCAAGACCUACAGCAAACAACAUGAGGGAUUUUUUUCCCCUCACUCCUUUUUUGGAGAAGACUUCUAAAUCAUCUUCGGGUGAUAUUGGAAUUUUACACCUGUAAAAAGUGACAAAUACUAUUUUCCUGUCAGUAACUUUUCUGAUGUUCAGCUGAUGCUGAGUACAAGUAGACAUGAGCCCUUUUGUUACAGACUGAAGGCAGUAGCCAAGUUGAUGAUCUGGGCCAAAAGAACCUGUUUGGUUUCUUUCCCAGACUGAUUGCUACUUAAGUCAAAUAUGUUUAUGAUGGAGAUACUAGAGAUACUAAGGUAUCAAGUAUACUGUAAGGUUUAAAACAAGUAUUUUUUGUCUUUGGAAAGAAUAAAUUUUUCUUAGAUAUUAACCUUCUAGAAAAAGAACACUUUGAGAACCUGUGAACAUGAUUUAGUCGCUGUUGAAUGUUCUUGAGACAGAAGUAAUGGUCCAAACUUGCAUGUUUUAUAAAAGUUGCAGAAUGUUUCUUCAAACUUUGUACAAGAAAUUUUGCGUUUGCUGAUUUCAAAACUUACAAAACCAUUUGCUCCACAUUGAGCUGAAAGGUUUAGCUUUUUCUUCUCCAAUGUCAAGUGAGAAGUGUUCAUCUGAAUGUAAGCUCUCAGCAGUACUGCACCAGCAGAAUUUCUUGGGGAGGACAACAGAGACAGAAGACUCCGAGUUCAAAUGGCUCAUUCUGAAUACCAGGAUUUACAGCCCCAAACACUGGUGGAACUGUAAUGGAGGGCCUGGGAUAUCAUCUGGCUUUUACUGCAUCAGUGUAUGACAGCUGAGAUAACACAUACUUGCACAGACAUCAUCUAGCAGAACUAUAUGCAAAAAUCCAUGUCUCUAAUAUGGUAAGUAUCACUGAUACAGCAAUAUGGUCUCUGCUCACCUCCCAUCCCCCAAAAUGCUUGAUAUAUCCCCAUAUGAAUGUAUAUCUACUGUAGGCUAACAACAGUAUAACUUGUUUGAUUUCUUAAGUCAGGAUAGUUAAUCUACAGGAAAAACUGCAAGUAAACAGAUGGGGCUAACUCCAUGUGUGUUCUCUAGCAAGUGCUGGUCUUCUGAAACCAGUUCUUUGUAUAUCUGAUGGAUGUUUUUGUGGCUUUUCAUAAAGAGCUGAUGUUUCUGACACCUUUAUGCAGAUCACAGGUACAUUUUGUUCCAGAGGUUUCUCAAGUUUCAGAUAAGAAAAGGAGAAAAGCAGUGUGCUUAAGGAUACUCUUGAAGCCAUAAUUACUUUGUGUAAAAGCAGGUAUUACUGAAAAGUCACCCUGACAAAUAUGAAACAUAGUAAAAUGAUUCCAAUAUGAUUCUUCCAAAUUCACAAACCCCAACCCCCCUUUUCUUUCCCCUAGGGGAGCUGGUUACUAAGAGAAACCCCAGAUAUAAAGGAGAAAAGUUCUUUAAGGAAGCUGUAUUGAGGAACUGUUAAGGGCACACGAUGCCCUUAGGGGAUGCCCUUAGGCCCUGGCUGUGGAGGAGGUAUCAUGGCUGUGGGGCAGGACAAUGUCAUCUGUCUUUGAGUUCUGUCCUGACAGCUCCCUAGCCAUAAGCAAGGGCACUUGGCGCUGUAUCAGAGUAGGAGAGGCCAAAGGAGGGAGCAAGCUAGGAAUUUAAAAAGUUGGUGAGAACAAACAGGUGUUUGGCUGUUGAGUUGCUAGCAGACUUAGGUAUCACUGUCAGCACAGGCAGCGGGCUGCAGGGGUGCUCCAGGAAAUAGGUCUUUUUGGCCCAUGCACUGAAGAGCUGAAAACGUCCAGUGGAUGCAGUGAGAAAAGCAGCCCUGCCUGUUCAGGAGGCCAGAAGGGAGAUGGAUCCUGAGGAAAACAACUGUUUGGGGUGCUGGUCACGUUGUACAUGGUGGCUUUGUGCUUUAAUCUACUCUGUAUAAGCAAGUUUUGAAAAUACCUAGAUUGUCACUAAAAAUAACAGCCCUUAAGCUUUUAGUUCCACCAAAAUAAUUACUAUUGCAAGCCAUAAAUAGUAUUGUAGUUACUGUAGGAUAGUUGGCAUUGGCUGCAAUUAGAGACUAUGCUUUAGUAUUUCUUACUGCCUAUUUCUUUUUAAAAAAAAUCCACAUACACAUGCAAGUCAUACACACAAAAUAACAUUAAACUCCCAUGGGAGGACAGAAGCCUGUCCUAGGGCAAGAUUUCAGUAUGAUUUCUCCUCGAGAUUUCUUAAAAGUCUUGAGGUGUUAGUUGUCCCUAUGAAGACGAGACAGGGAGAUCCACGAAUAGAAAAUACCUAACACUACACAGCUAAUGCACUUGGUUUUUUUUCUUACAGUUAUUUAUUCACAGGGUGUACAACAUACACAUCACUGCUGCUCCUACCAAAGGCACAUUGUGGGAAGAGGUCAGGAAGAGGUUUCUGUCAUAACUGACUUCCUACAGCAUUAUCCUGAGAUUGCAGUGUCACAAGUUAGACACAUCGUAAGCCUUUGAUUAAAAACUUGCGCUUUAAAUAUUCAGAGGGUUAUUUUAGAGGGCGUUUGAGCACUUCCAUUUUUAGCGAUUUGAGUAGAAGUGAUAAUAAUGUUUUUGUUAAAGCUGCCCCUUGAGUGUGAAAUUUGCAGGUACCAAGCUACUUUUCAUAUGCUAUUAGAAACAGGUCCUGUUCUCCUGAGUGCUAAAAUGCCUGCAGUUUUCAGCUACACUUUCUUCCCUCGUUUGAUCUUCUCUGGCUCUUCUAUAUUGUAAAUAACCUUUCGGGGUUUGGAGGUUUUGGUUAAGUUCAAUACCAUUCAGUGUGCACUCAAAGAACUUCUUAAUCUGAAGUAUGGUCCGGUUUUAGCUUUUUAGCUCACCAGAGCCCCAAGAGGAUGAAAAAAGCAGCGUUUGCAGCAGCAUUAGUAUCUGGCAAAUUUAGCAAGAGAUGCAUUGACUCCAACAUAGAUUAACCAGAUCUGCCUAGAUCUGGAGCACUGACUGGCCAUAUUUAUUUAAAAAAAACAAAAAAAAACACCACACAAGACCGCACAAAAAAACUCACCCACAACUUUGAGCUUCAUAGUGUAUGUUCUCUGAGGACGUGGUCUAAAAUCAUAUAUAAUUGGGAGGUUCAGGUAUGCAUUUACAGAGGCUCCAAACAGCAGCUACUUUAACUCAGCGGAGAUCAAGAACACAUCUUUCACAGUACCUAAAAAAUAGCUAGGCAUGCAACAUCAGAGGCUCUUCUAUCCCUAAAUGGCACCAAAGAGAGCAGCUGCAUAUUAAGUGUUUUGUUAUAAUACUGAACAUUUACUAAUUUCUAUCAAUUUAUUUUGUAUAUAUAGACAGCUUUUUAUAUGCAUUUUUCUUAAUUACAUAACUGUCAUUAAAUGUAAUGAAGCUGCAAGUUGUAGUUAGUUUUAAUGGUGAUUAAAACUGGUGUUUGGCUGUUUGUUUUCUUCAGCAAUUACUUGAAUCUUGUUUCCAUUAGGUAGUGAAGUAUGAUGUUUACAGGAUUGCUUUCUUUGGGUUUGGGGGGUUUCCCCAUCUUUCUUCCCAUGCCCUGCCCCAAUAACCAGAGGGCACGUGCUCAGCACUUAAGCAAGUGUGUUGGGGAUGAAGUAUCCACCUUUGUUGUCACCAGAGCGUUAGAUCAUGCAGGUUCCCUUCCAUUCACGUUACUUGGCUGACAACUUCCACGUUCUAGCAUGUUCCUCUCCAAUCUCUCUUGUCCCUUAGCCAGUUGCUAUCAGUCAGCUUUAUUGUGAGAAACUGAAAUCUUUCUGAACAGCAAUUUACAAUUGUAAAACUGUCAUAAAAAAAGGCAGCGUUCCUGAUGUUAAACACCUGCCCCCUCUCCCUGUCUCCUUUUUAACUUAGAUGAAUUAAACAUCCCUGGGUUUCCUCUGUAAUUAUUUUUCUAUUUGCCAGCAAGGAUCAUCAACAUUUGCACUAAUCAAGUCCCAGCGGUUCUCCUUCCACAUAGUUAUUUUUAAUUGUCCUACCUAAACUUGUAAAUGAGCUGUAUUUAAGUUUGAGGUGAAGUGUAAAAGAUGUCUGUAAUAAUGACACAUUUAUUGUAUUUUUUUGUAUGUUACAGAUAGGACUAGUCCUAUGCACAGAGAAAACAUGUUGCCAUUUAUAGUUUAAUACUUGAAGUAACUUUUUAAAAUGGGCUUUUAUAAAUGAAUUACACAAAAUCACAUUGCUUUGCCUGGAAGUUCCUUCAUGUUUUAAUUGUAUUGUGCAAUUUCCCCAUAUGUAUACUUUUUCAUAAAUGUUAUCUUAAGCCAUUUAUAGACGUUGAAAGCGCAUUCACAAUUUUGUAUGUCAGCGUUCAGACCUGUUCAUACUUCUCUGAGAAAGUUGUUCCAUUGUAGGCCUCCUUUCCAAAGUGAUAAAAUAUGAAUGGACAUGACACUUGAAUUCAUCAGUGAAUGCAACAUCAACUUAAUAAAAGAAUCUGAAACUUUUUAGCUGUAA